AAAUGAACAUUUUUCAUUUUUCACUUAAGAGGUGGGCACCUUUAAUUUUGCCUCAUGUAUUAGGGACAAUUACCCCAAAAUUUUAUUAGACUUCAUAAAAAGGAUUUGAGGUUUAGGAAUAGCAAUUUAAAUCAGAAACAGGUGUUGGCUAUGGCCGCCGUCGAUGACAAUAACCCAAACAAAGCCCUCACCACCACCAGGUUCUCCGACCUCGACCCGCCGCUCUCCCAACCAGUGCUGGAAGCUCUCUCCGCCGCCGCUUUCGAAUUCUGCACACCGGUUCAGGCCGCAACCAUACCCUUGCUAUGCACCUACAAAGACGUUGCAGUCGACGCCGCCACAGGCUCUGGGAAAACCCUAGCCUUCGUCCUCCCCCUCGUCGAAAUCCUCCGCCGCGCCGCCCGUCCCAAACUCCACCAGGUAGUAGGAGUAGUAAUUUCUCCCACUAGGGAGUUGUCAUCACAGAUAUUUAAAGUUGCAGAGCCGUUUAUUGCGACAUUAUCAAAUGUUAGGCCAGUGCUAUUAGUUGGGGGAGCUGAAGUGAAAGCUGAUAUGACUAAAAUUGAAGAGGAAGGGGCUAAUUUGUUAAUUGGGACGCCUGGACGACUAAAUGAUAUAAUGGAGCAUAUGGAUAUGCUGGACUUUCGAAACCUGGAGAUAUUGAUCCUGGAUGAAGCUGAUCGGUUGUUAGAUAUGGGAUUCCAGAAACAGAUAAGUUCAAUCAUAUCUCGCUUACCGAAGCUUCGUAGGACUGGCCUUUUUUCAGCUACUCAAACUGAAGCAGUUGAAGAGCUGUCUAGAGCAGGAUUAAGAAAUCCCGUGAGGGUAGAAGUGCGAUCCGAAAUAAAAAGACCAAAGGAUAUAACCUCUUCACAACAAAUUGCCUCUUCAAGAACUCCUUCAGGGCUUCAAAUGGAGUAUUUUCAAUGUGAAGCAGACCAGAAACCUUUACAGCUGGUCGAUUUCCUCCAUAAAAACAAAACCCAGAAAAUAAUUAUUUAUUUUAUGACUUGUGCCUGUGUUGAUUACUGGGGAGCUGUACUUCCACGACUUUCCUUAUUGAAAGGAUUCUCUUUGAUCCCUCUUCAUGGAAAGAUGAAGCAGGCGGCCAGGGAGAAGGCAUUAGCAUCAUUUACAUCUCUUUCAAGCGGCAUUCUUCUUUGCACUGAUGUAGCAGCUCGUGGGCUUGACAUUCCUGGUGUUGACUGCAUUAUACAGUAUGACCCCCCACAGGACCCCAAUGUGUUCAUACACAGAGUUGGCCGAACUGCCCGGAUGGGACGACAAGGAACUGCUAUUGUCUUCUUGUUGCCAAAGGAGGAAGCAUAUAUAGAAUUCCUUAGGAUAAGGAGAGUUCCACUCGAAGAGAGACAAUGCUCUGAUGAGGCUCCCAAUAUCAUACCUCAGAUACGUUUAGCAGCCAAAAAGGACCGUGAAAUUAUGGAGAAAGGAGUCAAGGCCUUUGUAUCUUAUGUCCGUGCUUAUAAAGAACACCAAUGCUCUUUUAUCUUCAGGUGGAAAGAACUUGAAAUUGGGAAGUUGGGGAUGGGAUAUGGUCUGUUGCAGCUCCCUUCGAUGCCUGAAGUAAGACACUACUCUCUGUCCACCCAAGGUUUUGUUCCAGCUGAAGAUAUAAAACUGGAGGAUAUCAAGUACAAAGAGAAGUCUCGUGAAAAGCAAAGGAAGAAAAACCUGGCAGCGAAGCAGGCUGCAAAAGAGCAAAAGCAGCAGGAGUCUAAAGCAAAAACAAAUGCUUCGAGCUCUGUGGCCACGAGUAAGAAAACAGCCAAACAGAGACGUGCAGUUCAAUCAACAGAAGAUGCAGAUGAUCUAGACCGGGAUUAUCGCCUACUGAAGAAGUUGAAAAAAGGCAGGAUCGAUGAAAAUGAGUUUGCAAAAUUAACCGGAACUGAGGAUCUAUGAUACUUCUGAUUAGGAAUCAGUGCCUGGAUACAAUCAGCCCAAAUGGAUGCCCUUGCUGUUGGAGAUGCUUACGUAUGCAAGGUAAGAUACUAACAUCAUAUCUAAACAAGGCGGUACCUUUGAGACAAGCUGACAAGAUUAACAAUAUUUGCAAUCUUAUUGCAACUGGGAUCAGCUUUGUUUCAUUGAUGGCUUCGAUCCAGAGUCAUUAGCAUGAUUUGGAUUCAACUUGAGCUGAUCAUUUUUGUAGGAAUACUUCCCAAGAUUUUAUAGAUUGGGUAGGAGAAGUUGGAUUUUUGUGUCUUAAUUUGUACUUUAGCCUGGUUUAAUUGUAUCGAGGAAAGUUUUCUACUUCCUACUUUCCUUUUCUCUUUUUAUUAGUGUAUUCACUUAAUUAUGAUUACAUAGAAAUAUAUAGUUCCAAUUCAAAAAAAGUUGAAAUCAACGCCGUAAGAACAUGGGUAUUGUAUACAUGGCUUCAUUUUUUUUCCACGAUAGAGGACUUUUUAUUGUUUUGUCCUGGACCUUUAA